CUAAUUGCGUUAACUAGCAUAAGUACGGUAAGCCAUUGCGUGUGGCGGUGGAACAGAUGCUAAUGUGUGGCUAAAACUGUGUAGGGGUUGUAAUUGCUUUUUUAUUCAGCGGAUAGAGCCUGCGUGCGUGAGCAGGAAUUUUGUGCGAAUUGUUGCUGUAAUUACUGAUGUAGUUGUAAUCCGGUUGGAUGUGCUGUGUGUGUUAGAUUAGAUGACGAGCAGAUUUGUUGGGUAGUUUGUUUGUAUACAUUCGGUGACGUCACGCUUGAGGAUGAGUACGGAGAGCCAGCCUUUACAGAAGGAGGAGAAGUCUUCACAGACUUUUAUCCUCGCUAAUAUAAAGCUGAUAGCUCGUUCUCUCGGACUUAUAACCGUUGCCGUGAUGUGGAUCGCAACAGUCCUCAUUAUCAAAGACCAUAGCAAGAGCUAUGUUGGAUAUUACCUCAUAGGUGCUUCGACACUGGUCACAUUUUUUGAGCUGACCUGGAUAAUGGACAAGUCAGUCUGUUGUGUGAGACAGGGCUGCUGUUGCCGCAUCUGGUCGGCCAUCAUGUGGGUGGACAACUGGAAGAAGUUCGUCCUUUACGUCCUUCUGUCCAUCCCUCUCUUCCUGGAAGACAGUCGUCUGGUGCUCAGUAUAGUCAGUGGUCUACUUUUGAUUCUCCUCUCCACGAUGUACCUCAUCAAGACCUUCCGCAGUCACGUGUCUGUCAAAUACGAAAAAACCGAACAGCGAAUCAUCGCCACCCGCACCCCCAGCAUCCGAAUGAUCACCCACGAGAUAUCCACACAGACGGACACGGACUAUCACAUGACCUCGUACACGGCGACUUCCUCGGAAAUUUCCGAAGAUGGCGGAGCACACAAGAGCAAUUAACUCUAGUUUAUAUUAUUCUACUUUUGUUUUCCUUUCAUCCGGAUAUUAGGCACUAAUACUCAUCCUGUGUUGAUAAGAAUGUUCGUAUAAUGGGAUGCAACUGGGCGGUAUAUUUAUUAACGACACAACAAUUUUAAGAAAUAUGAAAUCGCUAUAUUGUUUCUCUUUUCUUAGUUAGUUACAAAGCUUUGAUACGUUUUUGAAGCUUAACUUUACUCACACCUAUCCCAGUGUAAAUGCAAAAAUUCCAAUACAAUUUAACUUUUGCGUCUUUUAUGUUAGUAUAACAACAAUUUUUGUUCGAGAUUGUGGUUGGGCCUUUAAUGAACAAUACAGUGAAAGUGCUGGUUUUUCUAAUUAAGUUGGGGAAAUUAUUUUAUUUUUACUUUGAGACUCUCGACCUGAAAGAACAAAUACUCAAUGUUAAAGAUUCGGAUAAGUGUUAGAUGUUUAAUCUUACAGGUGCCUUCAUAUAACAACUAUUCCUGCUAUAGCUUCUCGAAUAGCAAAACGUGCCUUUAUAUCCCAACUCUUCCUGCUAUAGAUUCUCGAAUAGCAAAACGUGGCUUCAUAUCCCAAUUAUUCCUGCUAUAGCUUCUCAAAUAGUAAAAUGUGCCUCCAUAUCCCAACUCUUUGCUAUAGCUUCUCAAAUAGCAAAAUGUGCCUCCAUAUCCCAACUCUUUGCUAUAGCUUCUCAAAUAGUAAAAUGUGCCUCCAUAUCCCAACUCUUUGCUAUAGCUUCUCAAAUAGUAAAAUGUGCCUCCAUAUCCCAACUCUAUGUAACUCUAUAGAAUCUCAAAUAGCAAAAUACGUCUGAAUACUAAGGGGGUGGAUAUGAAGUUAUUAUGUGUUAAUGUUUACCUCUCUGCGUACAAAUGAAUGAAGGAGAUUAUUAUAAACUUGAUAGUGUUACUCAGUAGAGUUGGGGGGGGGGGAAGGGUUGUCCCAUGACACGAAACACGCAAAUUUAGCUUCAAAACUAAAAUGUAGUCCUAUAGUCCUCCUCGGAUACGUGGUACAACUACACUAUUACUGCCAACGUAAUUUGAUUGUUUAAUUAUUCUGCACAUCACACUUAUGACUGAGGCACAAAGCGUAUGUGUCAUGAAAAAAGGGGUUAGCACUAUAAAAAAAAUUGGCAUUCCAAUUCUUUUUUUUUUUGUUUGCUUCAACCGUUGUUCUUUUUUAUGUAAAUGUAUAUGUAAAUAAAAAAAAAAUUC